GAAAUGUCAUCUUUUUUAUAUUGUAAAGCAAAUUUAUUUAUAUARGUAAAGCUCAAAAUAUUAUAACAGGCAAAUUGAUUUAAUGAACACUUUAAAUGUGAGUUUUGUGAUGAUUGGUGUCUUGUUUUCCAGGUCACAGAACACUCUGAAAUGAUGAAUCAUGGCUUGCACAUCACAGUCUGCGUUGGAUUAUGUCAGAAGUGCCAGAGUUCACCUUGUUGAACACUUAAGAAAUCUUUCUGUGAUUCUUCAGAACUUGUAUCAGGAAAAUGUUUUUACUGAUGAAGAGGUCAGUAAAAUACAGACAGAGAAAGACGACUAUGACAAAUCGAGAGCAAUACUGGACAGAGUCKUUAAAAAAGGAGAAGCAGCCUGCUACACGUUACUCAGGAUUAUUGACACAACAAGGAAGAGAGCCUUUGAGAGACCACCUCCCUUCAAUAACAGAAGUGGAGGUCCAGCUGAAAAUAAAAAAUUUGACCUGCACUAUUGGAUCAGCUGCUUUUCUUUCAAUGAAGAUGCAGAAAUAGAGCUGAACUACUUACAAGGACCAAAGGCUUGCCACAAAUACCAGAGCAAGUUGAAAUUAAAGGCACAAAGAUUAUCUGAUGAGUUCUGGAAGAUGAGUAAAAAUCCAUUUGAAGAAAACAAGAGGCCUGAUCUUUCAUACACUCCACUGGUAUUGUGUACUGAAGGGAAAAUUUCUUCAUCUAAAACAAAGAAAUUGAAAAACAAGAAAAGCAGGAUGAGUCGUCCAAAAAAGCUGAUGACUUAUGUUCCAGAGGAUAAACCUGAAAUCUCUCCCAGUGAGUUGCUGAGAAKUGGUAAAAACUUGCUCUUAGUCGGGAAGCCUGGAAUUGGAAAAACAGCACUGACUCAUGAAAUGUUGAGACUCUGGUCUACAAAAGACAACAAGGAUCUGGAUUACAUGUUUUACUUUGAUAUGAGAGAAACAGCCAGCACCACAGCCAUGAGUUUGGAGGAUUUUAUUUUCAAUGGGUACAGUGAACCAGAUGAAGGCAAAGCUGAGGUCUUACAGGAUAUGAAGAGCAACUCRGAUAAUGUUAUCAUAAUAUUAGAUGGAAUCACAGAUCUCUCUUCAUCAGUGGUGAAACAGCUUGUAGUAAAAGACCUCCUACCUGAUGCAAAGAUCAUCCUAACCUGCAGACCAGAUGAUGAGGAAGAUGAUUUUCUUCAGGACUAUCUUCGAGUAGAUGUGAACGGCUUUAGUGAGCAGACGAUUAGAAGAUAUUUGUCUACAGUCCUUGGUGAAGAGCAUCAGAAGGUUCUGAAUAACUUGGAGUUGUUAACUCUUUGUCAUGUUCCAAUGUAUGCACUAAUGGUGGCUGCCAGCUUUUCAUCAGGAGAGUCGCUACAGCCAAAAUCAAUCACAGAAAUUUAUAUCAAUAUUUUUCGGUUUUGCCUUCAGAUGAACGGCAACAAAACAAAAACCAAGAAUCUAAACCCAUUAAUCAAAGCCAAAAGUAAUAACAUCCUGUCUGUGGCUGAAGCUGCUUUUAAUGCAACCCAAAGAAAGUCUGUGAAUCUGGAGAAUGUGUGCUGUGAAGACAGAUGUGUCCUUUCUAUCUUGAAACAACUUGAUGUCAAAGUUGCUGUAACUGAAGCAACAACUAUGUAUUCAUUUCUCCAUUACACGAUGCAGGAGUUUGUUUCAGCUCUGUGGCUUUUGAAGCAUCCUGAUCAAAUCAAGGAUGUUCUUCAACAAUGUCUCACUGAGGAGAAGAAACACAUGAAACAUCUGAUCCCCUUCAUCUGCCGAUUACUGAAUGAGAAGAAUCCCAGUUUGAUGAGUUGUCUGAUUCCACCUAAGGAGCUGAAGGAAACAUCAGAAUGGUUCUUUAAGGAGAUAAUAACCACAUUUUCCCCUCAGGUUGAUUCUGAUGACAGUCAUUUUGAUAUCGACKUGUUUUUAUAUCAUUGCUUUUUUGAGUCCCAGAGCCCUGAAGCCUGCGUUUACCUCCUGAACAAACUAAAUCARCGUCUUGACCUCAGUGGAGAGAAAAUGGACCCUUACUCCUGCAGUGCUGUGGCCUAUGUGGUCUCUCAGUCAAAGGAAAGGAAAAUACAUCUGGAACUUGAUGAUGUCACUGUAUCAGAACAAGGAAUGAGACAACUGUUUGGCUGCCUUGAAUAUGUUCAUUUGUCUGACACUUUUCUGCAGCAGCUGUGGAGGAUUUUUCUCCUCAGUGAAGGAAAAGUGGAAUAUGAAACCUUACUGCYUCUCCACAAAGACCAGGUGUACCUUCCAGUUGUGGGUAAAAAACAGCUGUUCAAAAAAGCUGUGAAAGUCAUGCAGAUGAUUAAAGUAGCUAAAGUGCGACUCUAUUGGAACACUGCAACUCCUGAUUACCAAAAUGUGUCAGCGUUCCUGUUUGAUACUCUUAAGUACAUCAGCUCACUCAG